GCGAUUCGGCAAGAAAAAAUGGAUGCCAGACAGUGGGAUGAGGCAGAACGUCGACUCCUUGACGAACAGCACCGGUGCCUGGAGCUGACUGAGGACCUGAAGCGCCUACAGCAAGAGGGCCGUGCAGAGCUGGCAGCAGAGCGGCGCCGGAUGCAGACACUUCGCGAAGAGCAGAGUCAGGCUGCCCAGACCAUAGCAGCUGAGCGAAAGACUUCACGGCACCUGGCACAGCAGCUGAAGCGCCACGAGGACAAGGAUGAGCCGCGCCCUGGGCCUGUGGAGGACGGUCUAAGGUUGCUGCGAAGCUUCGAG